GCAAACUCAGUCGUAGGUUGAACACUGGUCGAUUCGCACAGCCAAGUCUUCUUGUCUCUUCUCUCCCACAAAAAUCCUUUCAGUUGUUUCAGUCGGCCAUUGGUAACAGCGUCAGCACGAGUCGUCCGAGUUCUCUCCGUCGCCAACCCGUCGAAACUGUCUCCAAACUGGGGGUUAAUUCUCCUCUUGAGAUUUUGUCCAAUUCAACGUUUUGAGAAUUCCGCCGCUAAGAGUUAAGCCCAACGGGUGCGCACCUAAGAAGGGUUGCAACUCGGGGCGUGUUAGGGUUUCAUACUGGACCCGAACUAGCUGGCACAUAGCAUUGAAUCGCGAACCUCCGUGGCCCGGUCCGGACACUUCUGAAACCUGAUAUCCACCCUAGGGCACUAACUGAUUAUAGUUGCCCAACUCUUCAAGACUACAAUUGCACGGCAUACCACGGCAUAUCCUGAAAAGAUUUUCGUUCGGAACAGUCGAUUCGAUCUCGGCCUCUUUGGUUUUUUAUAAUUAUCUUUAUUAAAAAAUAAGGAGCAGAGGAAAUUAGUCGAGUUUUCUCUGCCCAUCAGUCCAUUCUGCAACAUCUCUCUGUUACAUAAACGUCAUCACACACAAAACAAACCACCAAAAAACAAGCAACACUUUACAAAAUGAAACCUGAAAUGUUGUCAAUGGUUGACGCUUCGGCCGACUGUCAACUGGCUGAUGGAACUCCCAAAAUCCACGUUUUGGAGCCCGGCAAGGAGAAUUGGGAUGUCAUUCGCGACGUGGCCCACUCUGGUGUCCAAGAAGAGGCUUUUUACGUCUUGGACGUUGGCGACAUCAUCCGCAAGCACAAGGAGUGGAAACUCAAAAUGCCCCGUGUCGCUCCCUUUUACGCUGUCAAAUGCAACGACAACCGGACUGUGUUGGAGACUCUGGCCUCGCUAGGAGCCUCCUUCGACUGCGCCUCUAAGAGUGAGAUUGCCAAAGUGUUGGAUUUGGGAGUGGAGACGGACCGCAUCAUUUUUGCUAAUCCAGCCAAGCAAGUGUCGCAUAUUCGCUAUGCUUCGUCUGUCAACGUCCAAGCCAUGACGUUUGAUAACGAGAGCGAAUUGUACAAGGUCAAGGAACAUCAUCCCACGGCCAAAAUGGUGCUGCGCAUCCGUUGCGAUGCCAAGCGCGUCCAAUGCCCUUUGGGCAUUAAGUUCGGCGCCUUCCCGAAAGAUGCACCUCGUCUGGUGGCCCUGGCCGCUAAAUUGGGCGUUGAUUUGGUUGGAAUUAGCUUCCACGUUGGUUCUGGUUGUGAUGAGCCUGAAGUCUUUGAACGCUGCAUCGUUAUCGGUCGCCAGAUCUUCGAUCUGGCCGCCCGUGACUACGGCAUCAACAUGACUCUGCUGGAUCUGGGCGGUGGCUAUCCCGGCAAUCGGGGCUCUUCCAUCAACUCUAUCGCUGCCAUCGUUAAUUCAUCGCUGGAUCGCCAUUUCCCCGAGGGCUGCGGCGUUGACAUCAUUGCCGAGCCUGGUCGCUAUUACGUGGCCUCUGCUUUCACACUGGCCACUCGCAUUCACGGUCGUCGUCAGCUGACCAACGAUGACGAAGACGCUGAUGGGCCUCGUACACCGGCCAACACGUCGUAUUUCUAUUACAUCAACGACGGCGUUUACGGCAGUUUCAACUGCAUGCUCUACGAUCACGCUGUAGUGACGCCAUUGCUGUUGGAGCCCCGCCCGGGUCCCGAUUUCAGCUGCAACAUUUGGGGUCCCACCUGCGACGGAUUGGAUCGUAUCGCCACCAACGCUCAACUGCCACUGAUGGACGUUGGCGAUUGGUUGAUUUUUGAAGAUAUGGGCGCCUACACUUUGGCUGCCGCUGGAUGCUUCAACGGUUUUCCCGUCCCCAAGGUCUACCCUGUGGUUCAACCGCACACUUGGUUUUUCCUCAAAGAACGCGCUCCUUACACCGAGUCGCAUUUCGUCAUGGGGUCUCCAUCGCCCCUCCCGGCAGCUGACCUUUUGCCCAAGAUUUCUUGUGCCAUGGAGAUGUACAACAACAGCAGCAGCAACAACAACAACAACGGCACUCAUCUUCUGAUGCCGUCGUCUGUCUGCUCAUCUUCUAUCGACACGGAGGAUCCAUCGACAUCGGAUGCCGUGUCAACUUCGUCGGAUGGCGACGUGUCCGACAAUUAUGGUGACUCGGCUGAUUUCUUGGCCGAUUUACUUGAAGUCACUUCGGUGAUGUAAUAAUCAGUCGUGAGAAAGAAACAACAACAAAGAAACAAGAAUCAGAAGAGAAACUGACCAAAACUUGUAUUUUCUUUUUCUUUUCAUCUUCAUUUCUUUUUUUCGAUUUCAUUUUCAAUCCCUUCCUGACCCACCAAAUUUUCUUUUGUUUUAAUGGAAAAGGCGAUCUUACGUCAUCGCUCGCAUUUCACCGUCUACACAAAACAAUUUUUCUCCAAAAAAUACCAAAAGCGUCAGUCAGUCUCUGCCUGAUUUACAAAAAUUAUCUCUAUUUCUCCUUAUUUUUAAGUAAAAAAGAAAAAAAAAAAACACUUUUUCCUGCUAUAACUUUAUGGGUUUCGUCGUGUGUCUGUUUGUUGUGUCUUGUUUAAAAAACCCCCUCGCACGUGCGUCUUCUUUUCUUCUGAUUUUUCUCUAAAAAUGAAAUGCCGGACCAAAUACUUCAAAAGAAAAAGAUGAUACAUUUGUUUGUUUUUUCCACUCCAAGAAAAUAACGACUUCUAAAAGAAAAAAGGAAAGAGUUUAAUUCAGAAAUGGACCAACAAAAAAAAAGGAAAAAAGUUGUACGAAUUGAAAUGGAUUUGCUCAGGCAUUCCUCCACACUACCAAAAGUAUCAAACGACUGGGCAAAUUCUUUCGACUCGUCAACACUUGUUUUUCUCUAAAAUCUAAAAAAAAAAGUUUAAACCUAAUUUUUUUUUUUCAUCCUUCUUACCCAUUAUUUCAACUAUUGAAUUCAUAUGGAAGAAAAGAUGCGCAAUACUGUCAUGGGGGUAUCAGUGUCAUUUUUCCUUUUUUUCUGUUCAUUUUCCCUUUCAUUACAUUUUCUUGUCGUCUAUUUAGAGAUGUUCCGCAGCGUUUUCUUUUUCAGUAGCCAUACCACAGGGGGAUAUUUUUUCCUUUAUUUCAAAUUUAAGUUUUUAUGAUUAUUAUUAUUAAUAAUAUAUCUUAAAAAAGCUAUUCUUUCAACGAUGGGGAUAGUAUCACACUCAAAAUAAAACCACAGAACAUCUUUGAAAGAAAAUUUUUGCUGUUAUCUUCCUUUUUGCUUUGGAUUUGUUCUCGGUCUCAGCCAUUCAACUUUUAUCGAUCGAAUUCAACUUCAUUCAAUACAAAUUAUUUGAACAGCGAAAAAAACCAGAAAAUGCGUUAUUUUAGUUCCUUUUCAAUAUGAGAUUGUCAUUUGAUUUCCUUGUUUUUUGUGUGUCCAUCCCCUUCCCACUCGCCAUCAGUGUCAUCGAUCCAUGUAGUGGAGCCAAAAACAGGAAAACAUUAUAUGCCAAUACAAUCUGUGUGUGUAUAUGGUA